GGCCGGAUUAUAUUGCUCCGCGGGCCGGAUCCGGCCCGCAGGCUGUAGGUUGCCGACCCCUGCUUUAGAGCGUCCUCAGAGGACAUAAAAUUUUUAACUAAAAAGAAGGACAAAUUCUCCAAAAGGAGGACGUAUGGUCACCCUAUUGUCUGAUUGUGCCAAGGGCUUCGAAUCUGACAAAUCAUGGCAUUCAUGGGGCUUUUGUACUUAGUAAAAUUGUUGGCUUUUUGGCUUUACCAUGUCUUGAUUUGGCUUUAUUUGAUCGCUGGGAUCUGGCAACCCUGUUCAUGACCACAGAUUCAAACAUGAUUGUGUACAUUGCGUGAAGACAAGUCUUGUAGAAUCAAUUCUGCAACUAAUAUCCUAGAACUGUAUAACAAUGAUUUUGUUGGAAUAUGAAAACCAAAUAUUUCUUGAUUUAUUUGAAGAAAGUGCUCUUCUGAUAUUAUGUGAGGGAUUGGGAAUUGAUCGAAUUUUUCUGAGUUUAUUGAGAUUGUACAGUGACCUGAAGGAAUUGGUACUCGUGCUGAAUACUGAUGAGUUCCAGCAAGAGUAUUAUACACAAAGACUUAAAAACCUUGGAAUUAAAAAACUGCCAAUCGUGAUAUCUUCUGACAUAUCAGUGCAAGAAAGACAGAAACUGUAUUUGCAGGGAGGAAUCUAUUUCAUGUCGUCUCGAAUAUUGGUCAUGGAUUUGUUGGUUGAACGAAUACCAAUCCACUUAAUAACAGGUAUUCUCAUUGCAAAAGCUCAUAAAUUAAUUGAAGCGUGCCAAGAAUCCUUUAUCCUGCGUUUAUAUAGAGAAAAAAAUAAAACUGGAUUUAUAAAAGGCCUUACAGAUUCUCCAACCUCUUUUCUCGGAGAGUAUGCAAAACUUGAAAAAGCGAUGAAAAACAUGUUUGUUGGUAAAGUUAUGCUGUGGCCUAGAUUCCAUGCAAGUAUUUUAUCAUGUUUGAAAAAACACGAACCGGAGGUUGUCGAAAUUGGGAUUGCCAUGACUGAAUCAAUGACUGCAAUACAAAAUUGUCUUCUUGAAAUCAUUUCCGCUUGUCUUCAAGAGAUUAAAUCUUAUAAUCCAGGUCUUGAUACUUCCGAGUUAACUCUUGAAAAAAGUUUGGGAUCAAAUUUUGACAAGAGGGUCAGGGCUCAGCUAGAUCCAAUAUGGAAUCAAAUUGGCAGCAAAACGAAAAGUAUGGUUAAUGAUCUUCGAAUGCUGAGAUCACUUUUACGAGGACUGACGCAGUAUGAUUGUGUCACAUUUUUAAAAAUGGUUGAAAAUUUAACUGCAAAUGAGAAAAAUUUGGGAAAAAAUACAGGAUGGCUAUUUUUGGAUGCAACUGAUAAACUUUUCAUUCAUUCAAGGCGGCGAGUCUACGGGAACAAAACAAAAAAGGAUACUGCUAUAAAAGAUUCAGAGCCUCUUCUUGAAGAGUCGCCAAAAUGGGCCAUCUUAUCAGAUGUUUUAAAUGAUAUCAAAGAAGCAAAUGAAAAAACAGAUGCAAAUUUAGGACCAGGUUCCGUUCUUAUAUGUGCGAGUGAUUUUCGAACAGUAGAUGUCUUGCAGACUUACAUGCAACUUGGCUCCAGGCAAACAAUGGUUCAAAGUUACGAAAAACUUUUUGGCAAAUCUCUUAGUAAUUUAGGUGAUAUAACCAGUCCAUCUUUGGUGAAGUCUGGAGUAUUAUCUGCCCCUGUGAUUGGUCAGAGUACAGAAGAAGAAUUUCAAAGUCUUAUAUUGUGUUCUGAAAAUCCAAAAACUUAUCUACAUGCACUACAUGGUAACGCUGACUUCUAUAGUUUAUCAAAAGCACUUGAAACUGUUAGUCCUCGUUUUGUGGUCCUAUACAACAGCAGUAUAAAUUUCAUUCGUCAAUUAGAAGUAUAUAAAGCUUGUAAACCAGGUGUGCCUUUUCGUAUUUAUGUUUUCACUUAUGAAUCUUCUACAGAGGAACAAGUGUAUUUAACUACUGUGCGACGUGAAAAAGAAGCAUUCAACUCCUUGAUACAACAAAAGUCUACGAUGGUAAUUCCGAAAGAAAUUGAAGGCAAGGUUGACCAUGCUCCCAGGCUAAGUAGGGACCCGAAACCGGCCUAUGAAAACACUGGAGGUUCUCGAAGGAUUGGUGGUCAAACAGAAGACAGUGUUGAACACAGAGUUGUUAUUGAUAUGAGAGAAUUUCGUAGUGAAUUGCCAUCGCUUUUGUAUAAAAGAGGUGUUAAUAUAGAUCCAGUGACUAUUGAAGUGGGUGACUAUAUUAUUACACCAGAAAUAUGUGUUGAAAGAAAGAGUUUGACUGAUUUGAUUGGAUCGCUGCAAAGCGGUCGCUUAUACAACCAAUGUGUUUCCAUGUGUCGACAUUACUCAAAACCUAUGCUUAUGAUAGAAUUUGAUGCAACAAAGGCAUUUUCUUUCAAAGCACGUGGUAUUAUGGCAAACACUACCCUGAAGGAAUUGAAUCAAAAACUUGUACUUCUUAUAAUACAUUUUCCUAAAUUGAGAUUCUCCUGGUGCCCUUCGCCUGCGAUUGCUGCUGAAUUUUUUCAUGAAAUUAAAAUUGGAAGGGCACAACCAAGUGCCAUCGACGCCUCGGCUGUUGCAUCAAAAGAAGAAAGUGGAGCCGCAAAAUCAGAUAUUUAUAAUUCUGGCCCAUAUGAUUUUUUGUUAAAAAUACCUGGAAUUGAUAUAAUAAACUGUCGUCGAGUCCUCAAUCAUGUUAAAAAUUUACUCGAACUCAGCACUCUCACUGAAGAACAACUGGCAUCAAUUUUAGAUAGCAAAUCAAAUGCUCAACAAUUGUAUGAAUUUUUUCAUAAAGAUUACAAUCCUGAUAAACUGCAGUUGGCUAAAAUUGGAUCGAAAGGUGGGAGGUCAAAGCGUCCAAACUCAGCUAUGACGAAACCUCAAACUGGUAAAAAACAAACACUUUUAACGAAAACUCAGCGAAAGUAAUGAAUAAUAUAAGAAUCACUUUCAUCUAUGUAAGGAUUCUAGUAAGGCAUUUUUGUCUGUUAGCCCAUUUGCAGGGAAACUAUGAAGAAAUAUUCUUUUUACACAGGAAAUGCAAUUUGUAUGUUGUUAUAACAACUAUAUGCCAGAAAGUAUGUUGAAUUAGCUGUUCCUAUACUUGAAUUGAAGUUAAUGAGUCAAUCGAAAAAUUGUAGUUCUAAAGAUAAUUUAUUAAGUCAUCCAGUUAUAAUUUUUUUCAAUUUUUAUACUUGUUUUCUGCAUAUAAGCCAUCUGCAUACCGUAUAUUGCGCUAAAUGAUAUUCACAGAUGGUACCAAGCAAUUCAAAUACUUUCAACCUGUUUCAUAAUGGCAGGAAUUUUAUGAAAACAGAAUAACAGAUGGAUCUUUUUGUAAAUGUGCUCUAAUAAAGGCCAUAAGCACUUUUUCAUAAACAAAUAAUAAUAUAUAGACCUGACAUGCGCAAACUACGGCCCACAGGCCUGUUGGGUAAUUCAAUAUGGCCCGCCUGAUGCUGCCACCACCAAACUAAAACCAAAUUUUCAUGACUUAGCUAAAAAUAGCUUAAGAAAUUUGUUUGAGAUUGCCAAUCUAGUUUUGGCUCGAGUUUAUUGUUUCCCGCUUUUGCUUUUUGUAACACUGUAAAUAUUGUUCAUGAAAUGUAACUUUUUACAUCACACCUACAUGACGGGCGGGCCAAAUUUUGGGCCCCUGGUCUAAAAACCUUGCCCACCCCUGAUAUGGCGCCUGGCGGAUUACAUAUAAUCAAUCAAACAAUUCACCAAUAAAUCCUGAACUUCUGAAAUUGCAUAAAUAAAUCUUCCCAAUCAUAUUUACACGAUAUCAUCCUUCAUUAUUUGUUUCUGCUAUCACUGUGAUAUUUUUUGUAUAUAUAUGAAACUUUUCCGGA